GUUCUCUUUCUUAAGUCAUUUGAAACACUGUCCCUGGGAGUUCUUUAAGUCCCCUGCAAUCUGUACACAAGAGAAAGAGGGAGAGAGAGGGAGAGAGACAGAGAGCAAGGGAUCAGGUAAAGCGCGGGGGCUGCUGCAGCCAUUCAGACUCAGGAGCUGGAAAGUUGAAAAGGAUGCAGAAGGAAAUGAAGAUGAUCAAAGACGAGGACGUGCAUUUCAAUCUGGGCGUGAAGAGAGGCCCCUCCUUUCCCCACUGCCUGCAGCCCGUGGCCUCCCGCGCGAAGGCGCCUCAGAGACACCCGUUCCCGGAGGCUCUGCGCGGGCCCUUCUCCCAGUUCCGGUAUGAGCCUCCCCCGGGGGACCUCGACGGGGCCUUCGAAGGAGGCGGGUCCCGCAAACGCAAGAGCAUGCCCACCAAGAUGCCCUCCCACCACCCCGCGGAGGAGGCCGCCGGGGGCCUCCACGCCGACGAGGGCAAAAGCCACGGCCCGCGCGGCCUCCCCUUGCUGUUCCCGCAGCCUCCGCGCCCCAAGUACGACUCGCAGAUGAUCGACCUGUGCAACAUGGGCUUCCAGUUCUACCGCACCCGCGAACACGCGGGGGGCAAAGCCGUCAAGCAGGAGCCCGUGAAGCCCAGCGCCGUGUGGCCCCAGCCCACACCCCCGCCCUUCCUGCCGGCGCCCUACCCCUACUACCCCAAAGUCCCCCCGGGCCUCAUGUUCCCCUUCUUCGUGCCCGCGUCCUCGCCGUUCCCCUUCAGCCGGCACGCCUUCCUGCCCAAGCAGCCCCCCGAGCCGCUGCUGCCGCGCAAAGCCGAGCCCCGCGAGCGCGAGGAGACCAAGCAGAAGGUGGAGCGCGUGGACGUGAACGUGCAGAUCGACGAUAGCUACUACGUGGACGUGGGCGGGGCGCAGAAGCGCUGGCAGUGCCCCACCUGCGACAAGUCCUACACCUCCAAGUACAACCUGGUCACCCACAUCCUGGGCCACAGCGGCAUCAAGCCGCACGCCUGCACCCGCUGCGGGAAGCUCUUCAAGCAGCUCAGCCACCUGCACACCCACAUGCUCACCCACCAGGGCACGCGGCCCCACAAAUGCCAGGUGUGCCACAAGGCCUUCACCCAGACCAGCCACCUGAAGCGCCACAUGAUGCAGCACAGCGAGGUGAAGCCACACAACUGCCGUGUGUGCGGCCGGGGCUUCGCCUACCCGAGCGAGCUCAAGGCCCACGAGGCCAAGCACGCCAGCGGGCGGGAGAACAUCUGUGUGGAGUGCGGUCUCGACUUCCCCACCCUGGCCCAGCUGAAGAGGCACCUCACCACGCACCGGGGCCCCAUCCAGUACAACUGCUCCGAGUGUGACAAGACCUUCCAGUACCCGAGCCAGCUGCAGAACCACAUGAUGAAGCACAAAGACAUCCGGCCCUACAUCUGCUCCGAGUGUGGCAUGGAGUUCGUGCAGCCCCACCACCUCAAGCAGCACUCCCUCACCCACAAGGGGGUGAAGGAGCACAAAUGUGGGAUUUGUGGGCGGGAGUUCACCCUGUUGGCCAACAUGAAGAGGCACGUGCUGAUCCACACCAACAUCCGCGCCUACCAGUGUCACCUCUGCUACAAGAGUUUUGUGCAGAAACAGACCCUCAAGGCACACAUGAUCGUCCAUUCUGACGUGAAGCCUUUCAAAUGCAAGCUGUGUGGGAAGGAAUUCAACCGUAUGCACAACCUAAUGGGUCACAUGCACCUGCACUCCGAUAGCAAACCUUUCAAGUGCCUCUACUGCCCCAGCAAGUUCACCCUGAAGGGGAACCUGACACGUCACAUGAAGGUCAAGCAUGGGGUCAUGGAGCGGGGCCUUCAUUCUCAAGGCUUUGGACGAGGGAGAACUGCCCUGGCGCAGGCAGCUGGAGCCCUGCGGAGUCUGGAGCAGGAUGAACCCUUCGACCUCUCCCAGAAACGCCAGGGGAAGGGACCCGCCUUCCAUUCAGAUGGGGAGAGUGCCAGGGGCAGCUCCUGCCAUGAGGAGGAGGAGGAUGACAACAACUACGAGGUGGAGGAGGAAAGCCCGGGGCUGGCCCCCCAGCGCAAGCAGCUCUAUUCACCCCAGGAUCUAUCCACCCAGCCUGAGCUGGCCGCCAGGGCUCCAGGGGAAGCCAGUGAGGAGGAGAAGGAAGAUGAGCCCAAAGAAUGCCAGGAGAAGAGCAGGGACGCCGUUGAGGCAGAGGCUGACCAGGAAAGAGGACUUGCCCCAAGAGACGAGUGUCUGGGCCUGCGGGCUUUGCAGAGCAACCGGCGAGACCCUUCCUUCCCUGAUUACUUGUAUUUCAAGCACAGAGAUGAAAGCCUAAAAAAAUUACUGGAGAGGAAAAUGGAAAAACAAGCAGUACUCUUAGGUAUCUAAGUGAACAGUUUUAAAAUUACAUUUGGAAAAUGAGAAGUAGGCAGUUCAAAUAUAGCUUUCCGCAUGAGCUGUCACUGGCUGGAGAUGAGUGAAUGGUGCAAAUCUCUACAAAUGGCUUAGAAUAAAUGAUCAGGGACCAUCUUCAGAAAUGUAAAUGCUUCUUGAUCAUUCACUGGGCCUUUGAUUUUUAACACACAUGCAGUAGAACAAACUGUACAUAUUUUUCUACAUAUCUAAUUAUAUGUUGAUGCUGAGGUGCUUAUAGAAUUCUAUUUUUCUUUACUAAUACAUGGUAAAUUUCUUUCUAGUUGCAAAAAUACGGUGCUUGACAUGUUACUUUAUUAAUGAUUAUUUAGUUGAAUGUGUAAACAUUAUUUUUCUAAGUACAUGAAAAUAUUAGAAGUUGUAUAGAUAAAAAUUGCCUUUAUAGUAAUAGAAAUACUAGAAAUGAUAUAGGAGGGAGAGUCAUUGAGGAGGACGUUGUCCGAGUAGUUGCUGCCAAUGUAAAAUAAAAUUUCAAGAGACUGAAUAAUGUCGACUAAGGAAAAAUCAGCAAUAUUUAGAUUCUUCCCUAAGUCCACCUUGUUCUGCUUCAGUUGCUGUCAUCGUGUGUGGCAUUUGGACCUUAUUUUUCAAAUGGCCUGACUUGCUCAGAGCCUACAAGCUCACCCCUUGAGUGCUCAACAGAAUCCCCUUUGGGGCUGUAUGUUCCAUAAGGCAGCAGUAAGAAGAGUUGUCACCCAGUGAGCAGUACUGGAGCUGGAGCUUAAGGGGGCAAUUCUCCCUGAGAUCGAGGAGCACUAUCAGAACAACCAUCAGGUUGUUGAGAAUCAUUUUGGGAGACUUUAAAAUAUAUAAUGUUGGAGGUUCCCCCUCUUGGAGAUUCUGAUUUCUUUGGUCUGGGAAGGAGCCCCGGGACUGGUAUUUUCCAGGUUGCCCCAGGUGAUUUGUCUGUGUAGCCAGACUUGAGAAAACUUGACAGAGCUAAAAUAGUGACCCCCAGAACUCCCUCCCAGGAACUCCAUAAUUUUAUCUGUUCCUUGCUUCAGACUCAUGAACAUAGACAACCUUGGAGUCAUAUUGUAAAUCAGACCUUUUUAUCUCUUCUGCAGGAGUCUCAUGCAGAGACACACUCUUUGUGUAGAUACACUCUGUAUAGACACACACUUUCUGUGCCAGAUGAUGCCUGUGAUGUUUAUGGUCAUUUAAUAGACAUUUUAAAAUGCUGGUUAUUUCUUCCUAGAUGCUUGAAUCAUGAUUCCUGUGAAUGAUGAUGACUAUCAUGGGUUGAGCCCAGCAGGUAGGCUUUUCCUGGUGCCAAGUAAAGCAAUACUGAUAGGAAUCUGAGUAUGUGGGACACCCAUAAGCAGUAACCCCCUGGUACUGCAUCUAUGUUUAUGUAAAAACUGCUUCUCGAUUGGUAGUUUCGACUCUUAAUUGUAUAGCUAGGUACUGUUUAUUAUUUUGCUUCCUCUCCUCCUAAAGUUCUCAGUUAAUUUCUUUGAAGACCUGCCUCAUCUCUCACAACUGGAUGCCAGCUUUUUCUGUGGGCUGGGGUACUUCCCUAUAAGCCUCAUCUGGUUUGCUCCUUCACCUGUGUGCUUUACCAAUCCUGAUGCAUCAUUUCUUCUGCCCAUUGACCUAAACCUCCUUCCUAAAGCCCUAUCACUAAAGCUGCUUGGGUUUCCUAAUGACAGCCAUGUCCCAAAGUCAGAGCAUUUACAAAGCGAAUGGUCAGGGGUAUACUGUGGGUUUCCGUAGUUACAAACUAAACUCUGAGCCAAGAACCUAUUUCAAGUCGUCAGUGGGACAACUUGCCUUCCAUUCACGUUUGAGAUAGCUCAGUACCCCAGGUAAAAUUGCCUGGGAGACUGGUAGAGUGCUCUAUGAGGCUUCAGCUCUUAGGGUUCUGUUACAUAUUCUUUCUUUCAGCAGUCACUUAUUGAAAACCUGCUACACAGAUGCAGACUUCCAGUUUGUCCUGGAAAUCCUAGCUGGAAUAGGAACCAGGGGAACUAGAAUAAGCAGAAUUUAGUUUUUCCUUACCAAAACAAAUAACAUAGGAAUGUUUGUGGAAACCAGUUAAUGUCGAGACGGAGAGAGUAGGGUCUAGAACUGUGGCUUUCAAAUUGUGUGUUGAAGAACCAGAGGUCCCUAUUAGGCCCUUUCAGAGUCACAAGGGGAGAAGGUAGCAGCACUGAACCCUCCUGCUCACUUCAUUUGGAGCAGUUCAAACCUCAUUUGUUUUACAUGUCAGCAGUCCAAGUAAAAUUUCAUUUGGAGGGAGGAAAAAAGGUCUAGGAAGAGUAAUAAAAAAUGAGUUAUGGACUGUAUCCUAAAGCCUGUGUUAGGUUCUUGAUUCUGGGUAUGAGAGACUAUAGAUCUAAUUAAUAUAAUUACACUAAUCCUCUGAGAACUCAGGCUAUGACCUUGGUUUUGUAUGUUGAGUGACCAAUGUACUGGUUUGUCUGGGACAAGCCUGGCUUAUACUUGUUAUCCCAGGGUAAUUAUUGUAGUAUCACCUUUACUCUCGAGAGUAUUCUAGCUUGGUGAUGAAGUAUAUGAUCACCCUGUGCACAAGUGCAGAGCUAAGAAAAGCCUUGACCAGCCAUGUCUAAUGAGCAAAUUAACCAGAACACAUGCUUGAAGGAGCGCUCACCAGGGCCAUCCUCAGAGGAUGAAAGGAUAAAACCAUUCAAGGUCACAAUACUCUACACAUUCAUCUCAUUGAGACACUGAAAAUAGGCCGCUACCAAAUGCUUUCCCAGCUUUCAACCUCCAUCACUUUAAACCAACCAACUGACCAACCAAGUGGCUUAUUUUCCUUUUAUUCAUUUUAUCCAGGCCUAUUAUUGUCCCCUCUUGUUACCUUUCAAUUCCUCUUUUAUUCUCUCUUUUUAAAAAUUUGACUUCCCAUUGGCCAUGAGACUGAGGCUGACCUUUCAUAACCCCACAAGGGUAACUGGUAUAUUUGUAUAUGAGUAGUUGCAUAAGAAAACCCAAUGUGCAUACUGUAUUUAUUAAGCCCUGAAGGCAUUUAAUAAAAUAUUAACAUUGUGUUUUGAAUUAUGAUCUUUGUCUGCUUUGCUGGAACAAAAUGUAACAGAGCUAACAUUUAAAAUCCUUCACAUAUUUGGACAACAUUACACCAAAUGUUGAUUUUGUACAGAAUUCUGGCUUGCUAUUUAAAAACUAAAACUGCAAGUGUGUAGCAAUCCAAGUUGUGAAUAUUGCUUUCUGCUUUGGUGAAAGGCAGUUUACCUGAAAAUAGCAUGUAACCUAUAUUUUGUUAAUUUAAGCAAAUAAAGAUAUGUUGAAAAA